AUGGAGAUAGAAAAUGAAGCCAGCUGCUCCCACAGCAGAUCAUUAGGCAGGGCCAGAGAGAACACAGAGGUAAUGCUGGGAGCAGGAGGAGUUGGGAAAUCAGCAAUGACAAUGCAGUUUACUAGCAAUCAGUUCCCUGAUUAUUAUGACCCAACUAUUGAUGACUGCUACAAAACCACAGUUAGAUACAACCACAAUCCUGCGUAUUUGCACAUACUAAUAACCUCAGGCCAGGCAGAAUCCACAGCCAUAUGCAAGCAGUACAUGUGAGGUGGGGAGGGAUUCACAAUCUGCUACUCUGUCACUGACCACCAGUCAUUCCAGGAGGCUGCCAAACUUAAAGAGCUCAUUUUUCAGGUCUGCCUCACCUAUGAGAUUCCCCUCAUACUCAUAGGCUAUAAGAUAGAUUUAAGGCCUUUUGGACAGGUCUCUAUGGAAGAAGCCUUGAGUCUGGCCCAAGAAUAUAACUGUGGUUUUUUUGAGACCUUUUCAGCCCUCAGAUUAUGCAUUGAUGAUGCCUUUCAUGGUUUCACAAGGGAAAUCAACAAGAAGGAGUCCAUGCCAUCUUUGAUCAAAAAGAAACUGAAAAGAAAAGACAGCCUGUGGAAGAAGUUAAAAGGCUCAUUGAAGAAGAAGAGAGAGAACAUGGCAUGA